AUGAGGUUGAAGGCACCAAUUGCCUUAAGAUCCAAGUUACUCAAACCAUGCAGAAACUUGUUACAAAUUUUCAGAUUCAAACUCAAAAAACCAUUCUUUAUAAGAGCCCUUCACUCUCGUCCUCAUUACACCAAAGUUGAAAAGGCUCAAAAGGUUCCGAAGAAGAAUCAGAUAACGGGGUUCCUGUCAGCUUUCUGUUCAACCCGGAAGCCAAAAGGGAUGGACAGACUAGCAGCACUCAAGAGCUUCUCUGAAAAAGGGGGUGAUGGAAGGCAUUAUCCAUCACCCAUUACACCGGCUUAUAUGGCUGGAGAACCGGUGGCUUCGGGUCAUGAAGAGGUGCAAGAUGCAUGCAGGAGUUUUGAGAACUAUUUGGUGGAGAUGAUUAUUGAUGAAGGGAAAGUGAGGGACUUAAUGGAUGUGGAAGAGCUUCUCUACUGCUGGAAGAACCUGAAAAGCCCUGUUUUCAUUGAUUUGGUUGGUAGAUUCUAUGGAGAGCUGUGCAAGGACUUGUUUUCCACUAGCAGUGAUGAAAGUUCAUAGUGAUUCUUCAAUAUUCAAAUUCUUUCUUUUAAAGGCAUAAUUUUUUUGUAAUAUGGCAUGUAAAUGCGGAAAUGAUAUAUUUUAUCAUGCUUCUUCAUUCUUCAC